UCCGGUCGAACUUCUUACUUUUAUUGGAAUCAUCGAUUGCUUCCUCCUUGCAAGCACAAUGCCCUUUGUUUGAGAGUGAGAGAGAGUCUCGACCAUUUCAGCGAGCCAGUGAGCUUGGAUCGUGCGACCGGCGAUGGCCCUCUCGGUGGCGAGGCAGCGGCGGCCGCGCGCGGAGGAUCAAGGCGCUUCGUCGUCAUCUUCUUCUACGUCGGAUCGGUACUGGAAGGGGGAGAAGGGGGAGAAGGAGGAGGAACGGGCGGGCGUGGGGUGGUUUCUUCCGGCGCUUCUCCUAGGCUUGCUCCGCCAUAUGAGUGCAUCUUCCAAUAUUAUCCACGACUGCGACGAGGUCUUCAAUUACUGGGAACCCCUCCAUUACCUGCUCUACAAAUCUGGAUUUCAGACCUGGGAGUACAGGUUGGAGUCUUUUACUCUGUGAGACUUUUUUUUGGUCUUAUCUCAACUAUCACCGAUACAUAUCUCGUGGUUGCGCUUUCAAGAAAAUAUGGCAAGAGGGUUGCAUGGUAUACACUUGCCAUGCUAUGCCUAACCAGUGGUUAUUUCUUUGCCAGUACAACAACUGUUGUCAUUGAUAGUUUCCCGGGUCUUUUCCGCGACAAGUAUGCAGUGGAAGACUCAUUGAUUGUUAUGAUUGCCAAGGGACUAAGACCCAUUUUUCUUGGCAUUAUAUUGUGUGCAUCCCAUAGCGGUACGUUCUCUAUACUUAAUGGGUACUUUGCGCCUUUAGAAAUAUAUAAACAUUUAGACCAUCACAAUGCUAUUGGAAAUGGUAAGGUUUUUUUUUGUUUUAAUUUUGAACUAGAAUUAUCCUGUUAGUAGUAAUUUCAAUAUCAAGUUCUAAGAUGCAACAUUUCUACUUGGUUCAUUUAUUUUUAAGCGUUCUUAUGUACCUUUCCUAGUGUUUAGGAUAAAAGGGAACAAAAAAGCAAAAUAAUUCUACAUAAUUACUACUCAAGGUGAUCAAAUUAUCACUUCAUUCUCAAAUUUUGUUUUGAAAGUCCGGUUGAUUAUGCAUAUCAUUAGAUUGGUUGGAUUAUAUUUUUAAAUUUGAUGGAAUGCACGCCUUUGUGUACAGAGACUGCUUUGCAUCGAAAGUGAAUGACAUCGUUAUCCUUCUUCGUUUUUUGUGCCUUUGUACAUCAAAGAAGUUCAAUGGAUAGAUGAAGGAUUUAGGGGUCUACUCCCAUUUCCUUUUAAUUCAAGUUUGGGAGGCAUGGCAGCUGCCCCACGCUAAUCCUACUUGUGACUGGAUUUGCAGCUUAGAGAUAUCAAACACUGCACCUUCUUUGUGGAACUAGAUUUAAGAAGGCCAUAUCCAGCUCGAGGAAGCGACUUAUCGACAUGGGAGACAGUUGCAGCCAUACCCUUCCUGGAUAGAGAGCUAUCCCCUGCUAUGUUUCGAUCAUUCUUCAUCCCCUACAAAUGGACCCAACAGAACACUUUUGGAUUGUACAAGUUGCUAAA